UAUACGAUAUUUUUGUGGUGUUUGAUGUGUAAAUAUAAUAUUACUAUGUUAAUAUAAUUUUACUAGAACAUUAUUUAUUUAUUCCAAUUUAGUAUUUCCGGAUGCUUCUUUCCAAAUUGAUUGUUUUUGAUCAAUGAAGAAUCGAUAAGGUUAACUGAAGAAUUUUGGGGGAUACAGAUAUUUGUAUCACUCGUAUUUGCCGUAAUUUUGGGGAAAAGUUUCAGCCGCCAUUGUUGAAAGUGAAGCAGGAAGUAGAAACAAAAAUUAACCCAACUGGCAAAAAAAAAAGACACAGCGCUGAGCGCAAGCCAGACGUAAAACAAUCAAUUUUAAAAUACUAAAUCGGAAAAAAUGCGCAACAACCAACAGCAGCUCUGCUUCUAGUUACAUUUUUUAGAGAAGUGGACGUUGGCUACGCAGCGGCUCUGCGCGUCACUUUAGCGCAGAAGCAUAAAUUACGCAUAAAUCUAAGGGGUCAUCGCUGACAACCUUUUCUGAUUCGGCGACUCAUCCGCACCGACAUAGACGAUCUCUGCGCUGCACACGAAAGGGAAAGGAAGGAAACGCCGACUUCUCCAUUCCUAAAUCCCCCCUCUCAUCUUUAGCAGUAAACGAGUGUCUCUGAUCGAUUUGGAAAAAAAAAAGAAGAAAACACUCGAAACCCGUCCAUUCCCCCGGUUUCAGGGUUUCUCGGUUGCUUUUCGCUUCCCGUCGACUUGCGAGGACGUAGCUCCGCUUUUUGAGACUCCAGAUUUACCGAGGGCACAAAGUUGAUAGGCGAGCUAGCCUCCUAGCUGGCUCUGAGCUAACUAGCUUGCAGUGUCGGCCGGGGGAGCCCGUUUAUUUUUAUUUUUUUUUUUAUUUUAAUUUGGCAGUCGGUGUUUAAGGUGGUGGCGUCGUUGUUUUUCCUUUGCCAUUUGCGACUGUCCGUGGCUGUUUUUUCCCCCCAUGAUAUCCGAAGACUGUUCGCGGUAAGCCGGUUGUUUGUUAGCUCGAUUUAGCCUGCGUGCUAACACCUUGCGUAUUUGAGCCUGGAAGCCAGUUCAAGGCCUCAGUCCUCCUCCACCACCACCACCACCACCAUCACCAGAUACUACCACCACCACCACCACCACCUCCUCCACAGCAUUGCCGUGCAGUGAGAGAGUUGACAGCUUCCUUGGUGACGCAGAGACUUCUCCCUGAGGAGCCAAGAAGCAGACGGCUCAUGACUUCUGACCAGGACACGAAAGUUGUAGCUGAACCACAGGUGCAGCAAGUACAAGAGGCAAAAGAGAACUCUCAUUUGGAAUCCGCCAAGGUUUCAGACCUCAACCCCAAUGCGAAAGCAUGGGCCAACCACAUGUUUAGCCUGGACCCCAGCGGAACUGCCGACACCACCACCACCACCACCACAACCGCUGCCCUGCAGCCAUGGAAGGAAGGCUGCGAUAGCUCGGCCGACCCCGGCCCCGAAGGCUAUGAAGCCAGUGAAGACAAGGCCUACAAGGAGCCCCUACUAACCGACCCCGAUGAGCCGCCCCCGGUGCCAGUGAUGCUGGCCGAGCCGGCCCCCGUGGCCCCCGUCGCCCUGGAGGGCUCCGAGCCAGCCUACACAGAGUACCCCGAGACGGGGCAGCCGGGCCACACAGGCAGCGAUGCUCAGCCCGAGAACCCCCAGGAGGGCUUGAGGGAGCACCUGAAGAAGACCCUGGAGUUCUGUCUUUCAAGGGAGAAUCUGGCCAGUGACAUGUACCUCAUCUCCCAAAUGGACAGCGACCAAUAUGUGCCAAUAGUGACGGUGGCCAACCUGGACCACGUCAAGAAGCUGAGCACCGACGUCGAGCUGAUCGUAGAUAUAUUACGAUCUUUGCCGUUGGUCCAGGUGGAUGAGAAGGGCGAGAAGGUGCGGCCCAAUCAGAACCGCUGCAUCGUGAUCCUCAGAGAGGUGCCAGAGAGCACGCCCAUAGAGGAGGUCGAGUCCCUUUUUAAAGGCGACAACUUACCCAAGUUCAUCAACUGUGAAUUUGCCUACAACGACAACUGGUUCAUCACCUUCGAAUCAGAAGCAGAUGCACAGCAGGCAUAUCAGUAUCUCCGUGAGGAAGUGAAGACCUUCCAAGGGAAGCCAAUUAAGGCGAGAAUAAAGGCGAAGGCGAUCGCCAUCAACACUUUCAUGCCAAAGAACGGUUACCGGCCGGUGGAGGUGAACCCGUACGCCCAGCAGCGCUACACGUCCUACUACAUCCCGCCGGUUUACAGCCCCCAGCAGCAGUUCCCCUUAUACAGCCUCAUCACGCCGCAGGCCUGGUCGACCACGCACAGCUUCAUCGACCACACGCUGGUUACUCCAUUUCACAACAACCAGUUCAUCAACGGAUUUACCACAUCGCACAGUUUCAAACCAGCGACGUCGCCUCUCACCGUCAGACACUACUCACCCAGGAACAGGAAUCACAGCAAACCUCACUUGAGGCCGACCAUCCCCACGACGGACCGCAGCGCCGGGCUCCUGGACAACCCCAGCCUCUUCCCCACCUUCCCCAGCGAGAGGCUGAACGGGGUCCGCAGCAGCCCCCCAACACGACUCCCCGCCAGCCAGCCCAGAACGAGGUUACCCUCCACCGCCACCUUCCCCCGCAGGGACCCCACGGGGACGGGGCGGGUGGCGGAGCCCACGGCCGCAGACUACUCCCUGGGCAUCGGACGUGGAAGGAAAAAUAUUUCUGCUUCUAGGAAAAAGAGGGAUGAAAAGUUUACAAGAGUGACGCCUCAGUCGCCGCCUCCUCCCCCCAAACCCCCGUCUCCGAGCUUCGAGCUGGGCCUCUCCAGCUUCCCCCCCCUGCCCGGUGCAGCCGGCCAGCUCAAGUCCGACGACGCCUUCGACAACCGGCUAGCCAGCAGCGUGGUGGUCGGGAACUCCUCCUCCAAGGAACGGAACGUCAGUGUUGACUCCAGUAGUGGAGCAGGAGCUUUGUCCCCAGCGGGCCCCAAAGAGCCCCUCCGGUCCUCCUCCUCCCCGAUGCCCCCGAGCUUUCAGCCCUCGCCGACCACCCCGACCCCGACGUCCACCCCGACGCUGACCCCGACCACCACCGCCGCCGCCGCCGCCGCCGCUGCCGCUGCUGUCACCGCCGGCCCAACACACAGUCCCGCCCCCUCCAUCCCUGCAACGGAGGUGAAGGCGACGGAGGCGAAGUCGAAGGAGGUGCAGCUUUCUGUGGAGCGAGUUCCGGGAACUCUCUCCACCGCCAGCAAAUCGGUGCAAGUCAACGGAGCCGCCACGGAGCUGAGGAAACCCUCCUACGCUGAGAUCUGCCAGCGGGUGAAGGACGCCCCGUCAUCGCAGCAGCAGCAGCCCCCGCCCCCCAAGGAAGCCAAGCCAGCCGCCGCCACAGGCGAGGACAGGAAGUGCCCCGACGGCUCCGCCCCUGCAGGGGGCGAGGCCAAACCCCGAGAGACACACCACCCGUCCUCCAGACCCGCCCCCCCGGGCAGACCCCCGAAGGAGGCCCGGAGGCCGGCCGGGCGAUGGGGCUCGCCGCCGCCCCCCCCGCACCCGCACCCGCACCCGCACCCAGCAGGGAAAACCCCCAGCAGCAAAGAUCCCCACCACACCCCCCCCAAGUCCCCGCAGUAGAGUCCUCGCCCCCCCCCCACCACCUCCCACUACGCUCCACAGAUUUAAAGAAUUAAAAAAAAAAUAAAUGAAUAUAUAUAAGUCAGGGCUACUCGAUACUUAUAUCCCAGAACCACCAGUCGCAAACAAGCAUAGAGGACGGCGCCUUCUUCUUCUUCUGGAUCAGGGCUUGCAGACAAAAAGCACUUUACCGUGCAUGUAGAGCACCGUGUCACCCUUUUUAUUUCUAUUUAUUUGCUUUUUUUUUUAAAUUUUUUUUUAUUUUUUAUUAAAUUUUCAUUUCCCCCUUUUCUCUUUGUUUGCGUUACAAGUCGACCAUUGAGUCGACACAGACGACACUGAGAUUUAUUCAUCCUGUCAAAACGGGGCCUUGUGGGGUUUAAUUAGUGUUGUGAGUGUGUGUGUGUGUGUGUGUGUGUGUGUGUGUGUGAAGCAGCAGGGCAUUGUUCAAACCCCCCCCCACCAGCCUCCCCAGCCCAAAAGGAUGAUGGGAAAGCGAGUGUAAAAGAGGCUCCAUGUUGAAAUCAUUAUAAUUAGAAGGUUAAAUUUGCAUCUGAAUCUAAACUUUCUUUUUUUUUUUGGUGGCCUCUGAUUUAUCUUCAUUUUUUUCCGAUUUAUUUACACUAGACGACGUCUGUUCAGCUACGUUUGCAGAUUUUUUUUUAUUUCCCCCCUCCCUCUGCUGUUUUGUUGUUGCUGACUAAGCUAACGAGACGGGAUUGGACGGAUAAGGGCAUAAUCUCCUUCGUUUGUUUGUUUUUUUUUUGCUUCUAGACCGACCGGUUAGGACUCUGUUGGAAAUGUCUGGAAGUAAAUAAGGUGCUGAAGAUGUUCGACUCAUCGGCAGGAAGUUGAAUUUAUGUUUUGUUUUGUUUUUUUUUUUUUUGCAAAGGGGAGGGGGAGCUGCUGCAGCUCUUUAGUCCUCUGGUUUGCUAUUAAACUGUGGAAUAUUAUUAUCAGCUGUGGGAGGGACGGACGAAGGAAGUACUUUUUAGGCUGACAAAUUAAAAAAAAAAAAGGCAGGAGGAGGAGGAGGAGAUUAACACUAGCCACAUUUAAGUUGCUCGGUUAAUUAAGACGAUGGUUUCCUGCCAAAAAGCUAAAAAUAAGAACACUCCUACUCCUACAGCUCCCUCUGCUUUAGCUCUGGUGCUAAACGUCACACAUCCUGGAAGAAUCUGUUACUGAAACCGUAGAAAAAAUACUUGACUCGCAUCUGCAGAACUUUAUUUGCACUGUUUCCUCGGACCUGCAAAUUUUAUCGGAAUCGACGUAACCGAAGCGAAAAAAGGGAAUUAAAUCCUUGAAGAAGUCGAAGGGAGGGAGGGAGGGAGGGAAGGGGUUGACAUAGUUUUCUUUUUUUUGCUAAUGUUGAAUUCUUUUCUGUUUUUUUGUUUUUUUGAAGCGUUCGUACCGAUGGUGCAGCGGUUCGGUUUCACAUCGGCGAUAAUUUCCCUGAAAGGACGGAGCGCGAACGCGGCCUGAGUUUGGAAAGUGAUAAAGUUGAGAGGAAUAUUUUUAAUGGUUGAACCAGUUGAGGGUUUGUUUGUUUUUUUUUUUUGUUUGUGACGUUGGAAGUGUGACAAGAAGAAGAAGAAGAAGAAGAAGAAGAAGAGAUUCCUGGCGAGAACCAAAACAUCCUUCAUCAGACGUUUAAACGUGUUAACAAGCAGAUGUUUUGUUCUCUGUUCGUUUGUUGGUUUGGUUUUUCUGAGAGCGAUCAGGGAAAAGCCGUCAUGUUAAAAUCCGCCCUCUUCGUCGAGCCUUCGCCGCCAUCCUCCUGUCGGCUUGUUGGCUGUCCGCCAUCUUUGUAGUUUUUUCUCCUGGUUUCCUUUUGCGCUCUUUGGUCGGCCGAAGCGACGCGGCUCUUCUCUCUUGCUACUUCACUCCCGGGAUAAAAAAAAAAACGCGUAUUAAGAGACGGGAAGUUAAAUUCAAAAGCACAAAGGACGAGGAAACAACCUUCACUCGCCUCGAAGUCUGUGGUAUUUUAGUAUUUUGAGGCAGAGCAGCGCGGGAAACGUUUUUGAUUUUCCCUGUAGUAAAGUAGCAGGAAGGCGAGGGAAGCUGGUUCGAGUUUAGUUUGGUUGGGAGCUCUGUCUACUGUAGCAGCCACUUCGUCAGAUAACCAACCAACCAAAUGUUUCCGCUUUCGCAAAAGUUAAAAUAGAACUAAAAAAAAAAAAUAUCCAAAAUUAAAACCGGCUUCCCUCUCCUGCUCAUUGGCCGCGGCCUCUUCAGAUGCAAAAAAACAAAAGAGAAACCACUGGUGAGCGGGGGGGAGAUAAAACACACACAACGUGGGACCUUGCAUGUCUUUUGCCCAAGUCUUCCUGCAACGCAAAGCAUUCUGGGUAAUCCCGCUAAGAGAAAACAGGAUCCGUCGGGAGAAGGGAAAGUUUCAUUCAAAACAACAACAACAACAACAACAACAAAAAGAGCUGCUUUUGAUUUGGACGCUACAGCUUGAGUUUGGUUUAAAAAAAUAAAUGAAUAAAAAAAUCUCUAUAUUUUUUUGUUUUGUUUGUUGAAGGACUGAGAUGCACUUGGAUGGGUUUGAUGAUUGUUCUUUUUUUUUGUUUGUUUCUCAUCGGUGGAAAUGGGGGAAAAAAAGUUGAAAAUGCACCAUAUCCACUUAUUUAUAAACCAGUGCUGUUUAUUCCAUGAGAAAUAUCGGUUCAGUUAUUUUUUUUAUUUUGUUUUGUUUUUUGGGAGAAGAAAAAUCGUUAGAGAUGCAUCGAGGUCUCUAUAAAAUGUUUAAAAAAAAAAGAAAAAAAAAAUCCAUCCAGUGUUUGAGAAACUUGAAUUUUAUUUAAACUUGAAAAAUGAAUUUGCCUUAAACUUUUAUACAGGACAAGCAUAGAGUUUAUUUCUUUUCCAAAAAAAAUAAAUAAUUCCCCGAAAUGUCAAAGUAGCGUUGAAUAUAUAUAUAUACACAUAUAUGUAUAUGUAUAUCUACCAGACGUCACGAGAGACAGAGAGUACAAAUCUCGCAGCUUAUUCUUUCCUUCCCUUUUUUUUUUUUUUGUAAAAUGUACGAGAAAGAAUCGUUUCUGUUUUUGUUAAAUAGUUUCAGGUUCUCGUUUUGUUUUUUUGUUUUUUGGUUCCGGGAGGGAGAAAUAUAAACCGUGUAAAUGCAAAACUAGUCAAUACUGUAUUAAAUAUGUGCACUUUGAAGUGUGUGCUUUUGCUUGUACAGUUGUAAAUAUUCAGAAAAAUAUAAGAGGUACCUUAAAAUGAUUAUAAAACAAAAAAAAUUAUAUUGAUCCUUGUUAACUAUAAUGUCGCUAUCGAGCUGGAUGUAGGAUAUGGAGAAAAAAAAUCUGUUGUUGUUGUGCUUUUUUUUUUGGAAAAUGUUUCUUUAACUUUUUUUUAUUAUAAUUUUAUUGUUAAUAUUUUUUUGUUUUGUUUUGGGUGAAUUUAAACUCUGUUCCACUCUGCAGCGUGGGCAGUUUGUCUGAUUGUAUUUGUUUUUUUUUGUUUUUUUUUUGUCGUCUUUCAUUCCAUUUUUAGUAAAUUUUUUUGACGACCGUUACACCUGUGUGCUCAGGUGUGGUCAUGGCCCCGCCCCUCCCCUCCGCUUGCCCCGCCCCCUCCCCUCCCCCGCUCGUUGUGCACAAUUGGGAAAGACAAGCAUCUCACAAAGCUGAGUGUCCAUCAGCGUCCUCUUCUUUAACGUUAUUAUUUUAUAAAAAAAAGAAGUCAAAGAAAGGGAAGGAAAAAAAAAACAAGAGCACUACAUCUCCGAUAUAUAUAUUUACUCUUCGCUCAUGCUAGGUGCAUUCUGUUAAACUGCUACCGUUAAAUUAACGACAAAAAUUUAAAGGCAUUGCGGGAUAACGUCAGGUUGGUCUUCAACACUAAUAUUAAGCAUCGAUUGUACCCUGACAGUAUAUAAUCAAACUGCAUUGUGUCCACAUGGGCUGGGCAGCAUGACUAUUAUUAUAAUAUCUAUAAUAGAAUAAAAAAAAAAAAUUAUUCUAUUUAACGCUCGAUUUAACGCUCUGGUUAAAAUGUUAAAAUGACUUAAGAUUUUUUUCCCCUCAGUUUUCUGUCCAUAUUUGAAGAUAAACAAGAUUUUUCUCUGUUUCUGAGAGAGAUGGGAUCGAUACUCAUAUCUGACAGGAGGUGCUUAGCUUAGCUUAGCUUAGCUUCUGGUUGGUUUUCAGCAGACACAUACAAUAACUCCUUCUAACUGACUUUCAGAAUAGGUCUGCAGCCGCGGAUCAGUGGAUUGGAUCGAUACCUCACAUCUGGCAGGAGGCGCUUAGCUUAGCUUAGCCUAGCCUAGCUUAGCUCCUUCGAGAUGCCAAACUUUCAGGAAAUUGUUAAAUCCAACUAAGGCAUGACAAUGCGACAGGUUUGAAAACUCAAUGUCUUUGUUUGUACAGACCAUGGAUCAGUGAGUUGGUUGGCUGGCAGGAGGCAGUUAGCUUAGCUUAGCAAGAACACUUGUUGCUGUGGUAGACAAACGGUAGCCCCACGUUGCUAACCUCCAAUAACAGUCUACAGGUAACUGUGCUAAUGUUGGUACAAUCUACUGAACCUUUCACCAGUUUCCAGUCUGUGUGUUUCAUAAACAUUUAGUUUGAAAUUCAUUAUCUACAACUUGAAUGACUCCAAAGCUUUUAGAGAGAAUUGUUUCUAGAUGCUAAAGUUUAAGAAAACGGUAAAAUCCAACUAGAUGUGAGAACCCACACUGUGGGACAUUGACUUGUUUUGGUACUCGGUGAAGCUCAGACCCUUUGUUGUUGGUCAGUCAGAGGAUUGGAUGGGAUCGAUAACAGGAGGCAGUUAGCUUAGCUUAGCUUAGCUCCUUCUAGAUGCCAAACUUUCAGAAGAUGGUUAAAUCAAACCAAAGUUUUACAAUGUGACAAGUUUUUUUUUUGUUGGUACACACUAUGGAUCAAUGAGUUGGAUAGGAUUGAUACCCCGUAUCUGGCAGGAGACAGUUAGCUUAGCUUAGCUUAGCUUAGCUUAGGACAGAGACUGGAAGCGGGUGGAAAUGGUUAGCCUUGUCCAGCUCAGUGACUGACCCUUUAGCUUUUAGCGUUCUGAUUGGAUCUGCUGGCCACCGAGCGAAGGGUUCCUGCCUGUCAAGUUCCGACUUCCUGUGUCACCGUUGCUACAGGUAGACGGAUAUUAGCCAUGCAGGUGUCUCGCGCCACAAUCGGGACCUGUGGGCGUGGCCUCUGGUGGAUUUGGGAAAACGUAACCUGAGUAGAUUUUGAGUUUACAUAUAAGUGUUCAGAUGUUUUCUUCUUCUUUGAGCGUAUGGAUGGAAAAAGUUUACCGCCUCCUGCUGCAAGCGCUCUUCAAACUAAAUAAAUAAAUAAAUAAAUAAAUAGAAACUCGAGAGCGACGCUCGAUGGACACGCCCCCAGUUUUGCCCCCUUUUUUUUUUUUGUCCUCGGCGACCUGACGGGUGACGCCCACGAUCGAUGAAGCUCUGACGGAGGUGGGAGAUUAUCUCUGGCUGCCUGCUCCCGAGGAUCUCAGGCCUCUUUGAUUGUAUUGAUUUUGUUUUUGUUUGUUUUCUUUUAACCACGACUGUGGCAGCUGAGAUGGUUUCUCCUCCUCCACCCAAUCAUCAGCCAAAAAAAAAAAAAAAAAGAAAGAAAAAACCUGUUGAAACCCGCUCAAUGUUUCAUGUCGACCUGCUUCGUCUCCUGAGAAAUAAAUGUACAAAUGUUUAUUUUUUGUUUUAUUUUAUUAUUAUUAUUAUUAUUAUUAUUUUGUGGGGUCGGACUCAAACUGGAACCUCUGGCACAUCCGGUCCAGAUGUUGGCGUCUGUUUGAUCACAUGUUUGCGUUCUAACCAGUAACUGUGCCAUUAAUUCAACCUGUUUGUUUAUGUUUGUCUUGACUCUGUACAUAACAAAAACAGAACGCAUCUUUUUUGUUUUUUAUUGUUAUUGUUAUUGUUAUUUUGAUUUGAAGUCGUAACUAGAAGUCCCGUGAACUGACUCGUGGGGAGAGGUCGUAUCUUGCUAGCGUACCUAGCUAAAGGGUUUUUCUUUCUUCUUUUGCCGGAGGUUUUUCGAGGCGUCUUCCUGACUUUUUUUUUUUUUUUUUGUCGGGGGCAAAUUUACAAAAACCCGAUCGUGUGCAUGUGUGGAAUAAAAUAAAAAUAAAACCACCCAGAUCUUCUCCUUCCACAAAGACAAACGGCGGCGUACCUUCGGACUUGGAUGGUACCGCUCUGGGAAAGGGGGCGGAGAAUAAAAAAAAAGUGGGAGGAGCAACUGCCACGAGCUCUGCACGCCUCUUAACUCAAAUUUUUUUUUUGUUUGUUUUUUUUAAAUAAAAGCUUGUUUUCCUCAUGGACUUCUGCACGGAGCGUCACUCCUCAUAUCAGCCUGUCGGAUGUCAGUGCCAUUGUUCUUUUUUUUUUUUUUUUUUUUUUUUUGCGCAUCUUGUCGUAAAAGUCUGCCCCCUUGUGGUUAUUGUUUUUAUUUUUGAUGUAAUGCACACAAACUUGACUGGAACGAGACUCUAUCAACUCACUGUGGUUUAACUCAUUAACACCCUCUGCUGACCGGGCUACGCUAGCGGCUGUGGACAAUCGGCGACCCCCCCCCAAACUCCUCCCCCUCCCUCCAAACUCCUCCCCCCCUUCCUCCAAACUCCUCCCCCCUCCUUCCCCCCCAUUCCAGUCGUUGGGGUUCGGACUUGUGACUUUUUGCCUAACGACUCCUUUAACAGAUGUGGAAUUGGAGGUUUUGAUCAAGAGGGCUUCUUCUUCUUCUUCUCUCGUUUUGUUUCGUAUUUUUUUUUUUUUUGAUGUUUUUUCUGGGUCUCUUCCAUCAGGACUGGAAUCAAGCGUACGUGUCGGCUCUAGAUAAUUUAAGUUACUCUUGUGUCAUGAUGUAAAACUGUCUAAUUUGGAGAAAAAAAAAUGUAGCUUACUGAAAAAUAAAGUUUAGGCACUGCUGA